AUGGCGGAUGGGUCGCGCGAGGACGGCGCCGACCCGAUAUUAAUGAAAAAAAUAACUUUUUCCGCGCCAGAUACAGGACACGGUGACUCAAAAAAGUGUAGUGAUAAAACGUUUGAAGGUGAUAAAAAGAAGUUAUCAUUCUAUACCGAACUAAAAACCUGUGAGAAAAGUGAUUCGGGCGGCGUGGCCGCGGAUGAUUCCGCUGCGGUGGGCUCCGAGACCGCUGAAAAAUCAACUAAAGUGAUCGAGGAGAACGGGGACGACAGGAAGAAGCGAUGUUUCGACAGAUACGACAGCUCGGAGUCUUCUGACAGUGGCGUGGCUGUGUUGAGUCCAUCGGAGAGCGGUAGCGGCGGAAGCGACAUCACCGAGCCGGCGUCCCCGCGCAGCCCCGAGUCGUGCGGCGCCGAGGAGACCGCGGGCGCGCGCAUGCCGCCCUGGGUCAGCGAGCCGGCGCCGGGCCCGCGCCGCCUGCCGGCCCAAGCGCCCGUCCGCCGCUCCAACCAGGCCCAGCGCACCGCGGAACACCACCGCCGCAUCACCGAGUUCUUCAGCCACAAGAUGAAACCCCAGAAUGGUCUCAAGAGGGACUCCUCCACUCUCAACAACGAAGACGCCAAGAAAAAGUGCCUCCCCAAAAACGGCGUCACGCACGACCUGGAGAAGUACAUCUCCUACUUGUCAUACACGCUCAGCCCUAAAGUUUUACUCGACGUCAGUAAACAGAAUGCAGCCGAAGCGCAAAAACCCUUGAACGGGAUUAACGGCGUCAUUGACACUACGAAAAAGUCGGGACCACCUAAAACGACGAAUCCGGGCGGAAACGGGUUGAUAGAUUACAGUAAACCUAAAGACAAUGAUAAAGUUCACACUACCAUGAACGGGUUUAUGGAAGUGAGGCACGGGCCAGAGUCAUCUACCAAAGAGAAGUCAAAUGGUCACCUGAAUGGGUUCGUCGACGGCAAAAAGCAAAACUUUGACCCAUCCGCCAAUGGGGUUGCUAACUAUAAAAAACAAAAUGCUGACUUGACCAAACGUAAAGUUCCGAUCCCAGCAUCUAACGAAUUAGUUGGUCUUAGAGUUAGUUCUACAACAAUGAAACAUAGAAAGUUAUUAAACCUUAAACCCGAUACGGCGAAGAUGAAUGGAGUUGUUAGUUCAACAACAAAAUUGGAUAGCAGGAUGAAUGGUGUCACUUGCGGUUCAAAUAACUUAAGUUUAAAUCCGGUAACGACUAGCCCGACCACAAAGAAGGAAGCACAAAGGAAGACUGCUCAACCUGCUAAACGUACUAAUAGAAAGUCAUCGGCUUGUAUAGCCAACAGCAAGAACCUGACAUGGUCUAAAGCAAACAAUCUCAAGCAACAAGUUCAGCUACAGAAACAAAACAAUUGCGUUAACUCUGUGCCAAGCAGCUCGGUAGUGCCGGAAGAAACUAACUCCACGCCAAAGAUCAACGUUCCAAAUGGUGUUCGACAAGUUCCGAUGACUAUGAACGGCAAUAUGGGUAAUCUUAACGUGCCUGUCACCAAUUUUCAAAAUUGCCACCAAAUAAAUAUUCCUCAGCAGUGUAAUGGUACCGUAACUUCCACUAAUUUGGGCCCAUUUGUUGCUGUACCACAGAACGUAAUGCUCACCGCCUUAAGGAUACCACAUAAUGGACUUCCAGCACAAACGUUAACCAAUCAUCAACCAAAUAAUAUGAAUCCUUACAACAGGACCAACGUGAACGUGCAGAGCCCAACGAAGUUUGUGUUUCCGAUAAUGCAAAAUCUUAACGGCGCCGUAGUCCAAAUACCUAAUUUAAUGGCGAAAAUGCCAAAUUUUGUUCUUCCCCAAACACCUCAAUUAACAACGCAAAGGCACGACCCUUUACAAAACCAACAGGCUCAAAUUUUAAUUAAUGGAACUUUACUAAAACUCGGGAACACAAUGACACCACCAUAUGCAAAUGUAAACAAACCAACAAUGCCUUCGACCAGUCAGUCUGGUGUUUCGGUUUUAAAUAAAAAUCUAACAGGGAUGCCGACGAUGGGCGUGACAGUGCAGCCGAAACCAAACUACGCCGUUAACCUUAGCCACUCGGUACUCGUACCACAACCGGGCUUCAUAGUUACUUCUGUGCCAAAUAUGAAUGUUAAAGAGACUUGGAGUUACGCCAGUACAAACCCAGCACCAUCACCUCAGACUUCAUGUUCUAACACGAUAGUGCACCAACCGCCGCCUAUGGUGGCCAACUUCACUACUCCUACCUUACACUCGAGGAGUAUUCCCAUAGCACCUGUCAAACCACCUGACAAUCCAAUACAGGGAACGGAUCCACCGAGCAGCACAGUUAAAGAACCAGAACAAAGCGAGGUACUCAUACCAAAGUGUGAUUUUCCUUGGCUCUCCAAGACUUUCAACAAUAAUAUCGUCCCACUAGAUUCUAACAAAAAGACGUUGAGGCCUUUUGCAGAAGUUAGUAGUCUAACAUCUAAAGUAGAUGAUUAUUGCUCAGAAAAGACGAACGACGACCAGUUGGACCGUGAUGAAGCGGAGAAAUGGAAAGACAGCUCGAUGACGGACUUGAGAAAAGUCGAAGAAGUCGCUAAGAGAGAAAAUACUAUCUUCACACAAAUUACUGUCCUAAAGGAUGUUUCAUCUAACAUUCAAAGCACUGUGAUAGAAUCGAAUUUCUGUAGCACUACCACGGAGUCUUCCGAAUCGGGAAUAGGUACAGGAUCCGACAAGUCAAUAGAUUCGCCUAGUGACUCGCAGACGAGUAAAGAAUGUGACGACGAUUCGUCUCUAUCUUUAAGUAUUAGCAUUAGUUCCGUAGAAGCGCAGAGUAGUCAGAAAAGCCCAAUCCUGAAGCAGCCGAAAACGUUGCGCUUUCCACCGCGGAAGCCGAUCAAGGCGAGCAACGACAAGCGGACAUCCAGCACCGAUACCUCGGGCUCUGUCACCGUGUGCCUGUGGGAGAACUGCAAGCAGGAGUUUGAAAGCGACACUGAUCUCUUAGAACAUUUACAGUCGAUCCACGUAGAACCGCAAGCGGGGAAGGAGAACUACGUAUGCCAAUGGGAGCGGUGCAAGGUGCGCGGCAAGCCGUCCUGCUCGCGGCUGUGGCUGGAGCGGCACGCCAUGUCGCACGGCGGCAACAAGCCCUUCAAGUGCAUCGUCGACGGCUGCGGCCGCAGGUUCUCCACGCAGAUACUACUCGAGAGGCACGUGAACAACCACUUCAACGAGGUGUCGCCCGGCGCCGGCGGCGGCAAGAAGGCCGCCGAUAGCGCGCCCAAGCUCAUCCGCAGGAAUGGCAAGAAGCUGCGGUAUAGGCGGCAGCCUUGGUCAGCGCGCAUGUUCGACUUCUUCGACUCGGGCGUGAUGGAGCGGCUGGCGUGGCAGCUGGCGCGCACGGUGCGCUGGCGGCUGGGCGGCGCGUGUCCGCUGCGCGAGCCGGCCGGCCGCCACACGCUGGCGCUGCUCGCGCGCGCCGUGGCCACGCGCCGCGCCGCCGGCCGCAGCGAGGCGCUCGUCACCUACUACCCGCCGCACGUGCUCGAGGACGAGUGGGUGCCCGAGAAGGAGGUGCGGCGCAUCAAGCGCGUGGAGAUCGCGGCGCUGCCCGCGCACACCAAGGUGCAGCUCUACGAGCAGUACUGCGCCUCCUACCGCCGCCCCGCCGCGCCGCCGCCGCCGCCGACACGCACGUGCGCCUCCUCGCGCCUGCUCUCCGACCUGCUGAGGAAGAAGGACGACUGCGGCGCCCUCGACGCGCCGCUCCACCUCCCCGCCGAGCCCGCGCGCGCCGCGCCUGGCGGCGCCGCCAAGCGCAAGCAGGGCCGCAAGUACGGCGGCAACGCCUUCUGGCCCUGCGGCCGGUAGGCGGCAGGCGCCCGAGCCGACCGCUCACCGUCGGCGAGCCGAAGACGGUUCCGAGACUCGAUUCUAUGGUAUAUUAGUGUUUAAUUUUAGCGCUCCGGAACGAAGAAGUCGACCGCGUCGCGCGGACCCCUCUCGCUCCGUUCGCGAGAGCGUAAGUAGUUCGUUAGCCCGCUAGGAGCCCGCCCGCUCCGCCCGGCGGGCGCGUCGGGAAUUUUCGCGCCAAAGAUUCGUCGGUCCGCGGUUUUAGACGUAGGGUCGAUAGCGGAGGUAAAUUUUAUUCACAAGACUGAUGCUUGCUUUUUAUAACGAUAUUGAACGGCAGGACGGACGGACGUGUAAAUAUUUAGCUCGAAGUGUAUAGGUCGCGUGCGGAGCUCGGUUCGGAGCGUCGGACGCGACGUAGGCGAUUUAGGUUAAAGGUCGUUCCGACGGGAGUAGUCUGAAUAUUUUAUAACGUAAGUAGAAUAAGAGCGACCAGCGCACGUAUCACUGCCGACGUGUACAUAUUAGGAUAGGAGGGAGUUCGUUUGUCUAGGAAUAUAUUUGAGUUCGCUUCGCUGUGCCCGCGAGCCCCGCGUUCGCCGAGCGUGCCGAGUGCCCGGCGAGUGCGCCUCCGCCGGCGCCGGCCGGGACCACGACGUGCGGUGCGGGUGCGCGGCGCUCCGGCGCGAGAGCGGGACGGCGCUCCACAAGUGCAUCUCACUCCCUCGCCGCAGCGGCGAGCGCAUUCUCAUCGCUGUGACACCCGCGCAAGUGUUCACUUUAAUCCGUUUUCAUAUCAGACCCGCAGUUAGUUGUUAGGGUAGAGUUCAAUUAUUGGACGUGUUUUACUGUCCAUCGUUGUGUUCUAAUCGGCCGGGGCGAUUUCCGAUAACGCUUUACGAAAUCGACAACUGUCUACGUAAUGUUAGGAUUCUAUGUCGCGGUUUAUAUUGUUUCGAUUCCUAGCGAAUGAAAUCGUUUUAUGUUGAUUAAUGAAUGACGUGACGAAAUAGUAAUAUGACCGCGACCGAUCAAAACGACACUGCCAAUGUUGUGUUAAAUGUAAUUGUAUCCUGCCGUAUCGGCAGCCACGAGUACUGUUAGCAAUAAUCGUUUUGUGAUAAGAUACUUAUAGAAUAUCGACCGGUGUUCAAUGCGUUCACAUUCAAGUUCGAUCCAUUAGUGAGUCUGGCGCUGCCGAUAGGAAGGUGUCUUCCCGUUCUUGUGUCUACUUUCGUGGAAAACUGCAAGAUUUGUAGAAAAAAGUUUCUAACGCUCUAUCGCAUACGUUUGUACUCAACAUGCUUAACUUUGCGGGACGCUUUUAUAUCAAUUUUAAUUAUUCGUAUUGUUGAGUCCAAAUUUUGGUAAUUUGUCGAACAAAUUCCUAUGACUUGCUUUCAAAUAUAAUACCGUACGUAAUUAAAAAAGAAUGAGUAACUUGAGUCUUAAAUUCUUAAACGAAGUUAUAAUAAUAAUUUCACCCAAACCUUCCUCUUGGUCGGCCAUUUUCAGCAAUGGAUUUAUCGAACAUGUAUAUGUGCGUUCUUUAAUGAUAGAAAACCAGCCUUAAUUAAGUGAGUAGAGUUCAUUAUCAAAUUGUAAUUUCCAUAAUAAUGACUACAAAUUCUGUAUUGAGAUGCAUCGAUAUUAGCGAUUUAAUCUUUUACUGAACAACAUACAAUAAUAAAGUAAAGUAGUAAGAUAGGGUUAAUGUCGUCAAUUUGAAAUUUGUCAAUUCGUCUUGAAAGCCUCAAGUCUUUGAAUUUAGCCCGAGUUGACUCCCAUCAAGCUACUUUACUGAGAAAUUCCUCAUUUACCUUUUGUAUCGUUCAUACCGGUAGCAUAAGAGCAAAUCUACUCAAUAUUUACAUUGUUGAAUUUUCUCGCAAAAUUCUGAUUAUGGAUUUUUCGGUCACAAGUACCGAUUGUAUUUCUAAUACAUAUUCAUGGUAUUUGUCUUCAAUGCAAAGGAAGUAUUAGUUCUUAUGCUGCUGCCCUAAUAUCCAUACUUGAAUGCAUCCUCAAUAUUGAUCCAAUAUAUGAAAGCAAUAUUUGUGUUCCAUUAUUCGUAAAUCGAAUAGUUUAGUUAUUGUAUGGCAUUUUUCACGCGAACAAACUUGUAAUAUACACGAACGGUCAGAAAACUACGAAAUGCAAUAAUUAGUCAGUUAUCAAACCUACUAGCCAUUGAUUUUGACAUAUUGUCCAUAGCUGAAUUUAGAUGUUAAACUUUUGGAUGUUACUAUACAGAAGUUGUCAGAACUGCCUUUUUAGCCGUAAGGUUUACAUUUACAAGUGAAUGAAAAUUGUGUUCUGUGCUCACACGAUCUCGCUAGUAUUUUUAGUUAGUGCCUCUAGUUGUUAAGUUAGGGUGAAUUGUGUGCGUAUACUUGUAUGGUGUAACUUGAAUGUUAAACGAAACAAUAAAUAAACACCAUCGUAUUCCGAUCUACAUGCGGUAUGAGUGUGAGACGGUCCUAGCGUAAGUACGUAAGUAGGAGCCUGGGCGUUGCUGCGACUGAACGGCACUUGUUGAGCUAGACACUGACUCGUUUGACCCACAGUAGGGUCUAGGAGUAUAAAGUCAGGGAUACUAGGCUUCAAUAUCUCGAUGCACUUGUUGCCUGUGACGUCGAAUGAUGUGGCGCGACGUUGCAAGACUUCGCCCGACGUAUGGUGUGGUCAUAUUCACAUGUCGAUGUCGCCAGUAGGUAUGUCGAGCGAAGUUUCGUGAAGUCGCACGACUUCGUCUGAUGUUGCUUACAACUUCCGUCGUGCGAUACCGACCGACGUGAGACAUUAGUCGCCUAGUAUGUCGCCUGGCGUCAUGUCCUCCGCGAGUGGGUAGGUGAUGCGGGAGGCGCUCGAGCCCGAAUGAGGUUUAAUAGGAAAAUUUCUCUAUUAGUCAAGUUGGUGCCUGAUUGUCGGUGUGUCUAUAGAAUCGUAUGCUACCCUUAAACCGAUUAGACUUUUUUUGGAGCGUUCCAAUGUACUGAUUAUUUUUUAUUCAAUUUUAAAAUUUAGCAUAAUUAUUUCCAGCACUGAUCGUAGUGCCAUAUUUUAUUGGCUCGCUUUUUUAAAUUGUAAUUUAAUUUUUUUAGUGAAAUUCGACACCAAAAUUAAAAAGACAAAAUUAGUUUUUUGUUUUAACCGAUUAACAGUAUGGACUUGUAUAUUUGAUCUCAAGUAAGAAUGGCAGUGAAAUUAACUGAACUCAAGACCGAGCGAGGAAUGAACGCAGUUAUCGGCAAAAUUCUCCAAAAGUAUGUGGCCUAGGAAAACGCUUAAGUACAAAUUUAAUUUUGCUACAUUUAGGGCGUCAUCAUUCGUCAAUCCACAUCUCGUAAUGUUUAAAUACGGUGUAUGUAAGGAUUGGCGUUUACGCAAGUGGGAGUAAGUAUGUGAAAGUUAAAUUAAUAUUUAAUAUCCGGAUUAAUUAAAACUAGCUCCCCUAGA